AUGCUUGAAGGGACAGAGACCUUGGCCCCGCUCCCUCCUCCUUCGACCACCGCCCCCUCCCCGCUUCAAUCGCUAAUCGCUGCUCAGACCGUCUCCCAUCAAAUUGGCUCAGUCCCACCGAGACAACAUGGCUCCGAGACUCUGUCACAUUCUCAGAAGCAGAUGACUUGGAGCCGCGUCCUCGGCGAUGAAGCCUGGUAUGCCCGAGGUUUGAUCAACGUCAGCAGCGACCGCGUCUUCUCGUUCAAAUGCGCUCCCUGCUCCCUAGCACAGAACUCGGAUGUCAUGAUCCAUCGCAAGAGCGCCUCAAGACACACAAAGAAUCCGGCUCACGUUCAAGGGUUGUUUUCUUUCUUUCUCAAACAAGAGGGCAAGAAAGUAGAGAAUGACAUCGAGAUUGUGAGGAGCAAGCUUGCUGAGUGUAUGGAGGGCCACGGGAAAGAUAUAGAUUGGAUGAAAGGAUUCGCAAACAGGAUUCAGGAAGUGAUGAAGAACAAACCAGCUUGGCUGUCUAUGAUUCAGCAGCAUAUCGACCAUUCAUCCUCGAUCUACUACCACUGCUCCGGCUGCUCCAUGAACACCGGAUCCAGCCCACAUCUGGAAAUAUCAGUCGGUCUUCUCAUCCGGCAUCUCCAGGAUGCAGACCAUGUUCGACGAGUGCUCCCCAAAGACGCACACGACGUGUGCGAGUCGAAUGCCUCGGUCCCCUCCAAACCCGAAUGUGGGCUAUCCCCGCCCCCCUCCAUACCCGCUGCUCUCCCACAGAGUGCAUCUGCCAGCGUCCCAUCCUCUCCCCAUGCGGACUUGCCCGUACCAGGUACCAGCUCUUUGGACAUCGACGACGACGCUCCUAUCGAUUCUGGAGAGUUCACAAGCUAUGAACCUUCCGAUCCCAACAAUCAGGGCACGCUUGAGGCCUUUACAAGCUCUCUGCUUCCACGACCAUCCUCCGCAACAUCUUCCUCCACGCCAUCGUCCUCCAUACUCAUCACGCCCAAGGCCUCCAUCUCCGUUCUGCCACUUCUUCCACUUUUGCCCCUCAAAUCACUCACUCACUACUUGAAUCAGCAUCUCAAACGACCUUCUUCCGCGUUAUCCGAUCGAGAGGCUAGCUGCCAACAACGCCCAAGACUGUUCGCACACCCAUCUUCUGGUGGGAGCGAAUGUGGUGCUUCGCGGCCGGCGCUUUCGAUGAUGGGUCUGAUGGGUCGUGCUGAAGAGGAAGCGGCCGCCAACAAAGAUAUGAUGAACGAAGGAGUGUGCAGUGGCAGUGGGACGCUGGAUCAACAGGCGUUCAAGUCCGGUGAUCAUCAUAUCAAAGAGAUAGAGAGACGUGGCGAGAAGCUAAUGGCAACCUUCAAAGGUCUUUCUGAAAGUGAUCUAUAA